UGCUAUUUGGAAUGCAAAAACUUUGAAGCUCAAUAUCUCAGCCAAAUAAUUAAAACAUUUAAUUUGAUAUGUCUAACCUUCUUCUGAAUCAUUGUCUUACAGAGGAAUAACCUAAUUUUAGUACCAGGAAGAAAGACAAUAUUUUUUUCAUCCCACACACAUUUCUUUUAGUGACACCUCAUGACAAAGAUGGGCAAAAUGAUAAGUAAUAUUUUAAGUUCAAGCAGUUUGUUGACAGCUCUCAGUCUUCUGCAACCACACUGGAGAUAUCUACACAACUUUGAGAAAUUUGAGAGGAGAUUUUGGAAAUCAGAGAUACUUGGAAGCAGAUUUGAGCUGACUAAAAGAACAAAAGAAGAUGAAACAUUUCUUUAGUUUCUAUAUCUUUGCCUCAGUUUUACAAGACCAGGUUUUUAGUACCACCGGUUUUGAUGAAGCCACAGCUCCAGGUGACAUUAUUAUUGGGGGAUUGUUCCCAAUACAUGAAAGUGUUAAUGUUACCAUUGAAGAAGAUGGCAGUGAUACAAGGAUCUGUAACAGGUUCAGCCUGGCUUGGCUGGUCCAGUCUCUGAUAAUGGUGCAGGCAGUGGAGGACAUAAAUAAGAAGCAGGAGUUGGGGAACCUAACCCUUGGAUAUCGUAUACUGGACUCCUGCUCUGACGUUACCACUGCACUCAAAACCACCAUGUCCUUCAGGAAAAACUAUAACAGGAUGGAUGGUGCCGAGCAGCCCUCCCCACCUGUGUUGGCUGUCGUCGGUGGUUACCACUCAGAGAUAUCCGCAGCGGUUACGAGGGAACUCAACCUGGAGUACAUCCCUCAGAUAAGUUACGGUUCCACCUCUAGUCUACUGAGUGAUAAAACCCGUUUUCCAAGCUUUAUGAGGACCGUACCAAAAGACGAUCACCAAGUGCAUGCCAUCAUCACUUUCCUAAAAGGCCACCAAUGGACCUGGGUCGGUGUAGUGACAACUGAUGGUGACUACGGUCACUAUGCAGUUGUACGCCUCCAGCAGCUUGCAAAAGACCACAACAUCUGCUUUGCCUUCAUCUCUAUUCUUCCAGAUGGUCUGGGUGACAACUCACUCAUGAACAGCACCGAAGCUACAGUCAAAAACAUUAUUGAAAAUGUAAAUGUCAAGGUCAUUGUGUCCUUUGCCAAACCUUACCAUAUGAAGAAUCUCUUUAGAAGUCUUCUCAAGCAUUCUCAAGGCAGGGGGAAAGUUUGGGUGGCCAGUGAUAAUUGGUCACAAUCAGCAAAUGUACUGGGAAACUGGACUUUGAGUGACGUAGGUACAAUCUAUGGGACCACGCUUAAAUCUGGAAACACAACCAGAUUUAAGCAGUAUCUCAGUAAUCUUGAGGUAAACCCUGAUCACCACAAGAACAACACAUUCUUGUCUGAUUUUCUAAAGAAACAACAAGUGAAAAGAGACGGGCAUGUAAUGCCCAAUGACACAAUCACUGAGGUAUUAAUGAAGAUGAUAUAUCCAUAUGCUGUGUUCAGUGUUGAGUUGGCAGUUCGAGCUAUUGCUCAGGCUGUUGCAGACCUCUGCGUCAACAGGGACUGUAAGACAAGCCAGAGAUUACAGCCCUUGGAGUUACGAGGAGCCUUAAAGAAAGCAACGUUCCACAUGGAUGGGAAAAACUAUUCAUUCAACAACAAUGGUGACCUCAACACAGGAUAUGAUGUCAUCCGGUGGAGGCAGACCCCACCACAUCACGACAUUGUAGCUCAUUAUAGUAUAAAAAGCAAGAAUUUCUCACAAAAAACAUAUCAAGAUUUCCUACAUGUCACAGGAGAUGUGAUUUCCAGGUGCUCAAACAGCUGUGCUCCAGGCUUCUGGAAGCAGUCAAUGAAGGGCCAGCCCGUUUGCUGCCAUGAAUGCUACCCCUGUCCUGAGGACCACUUUUCCAACACCAGCGAUUCCAUAAUGUGUCAUCAGUGUAAUACUGAGACCCAAUACUCCUCCAUGGGAAGUAACAAGUGUCUCGACAAGAAACCUGUCUACCUGAAAUGGAAUGAUAAGUAUCAUGACACACUGCUGGCAUUUACUGCUCUAGGGGCACUGCUUACCCUUGCUGUUGGGAUCAUCUUCUUUGCACGCUGGAAUACCCCUGUGGUGCGUUCAUCUGUGGGCCCCAUCUGCGUCCUCCUCCUCUUCUCUCUCUUGAGCACAUUUGUGAGUGUGGUACUAUUUGGUGGUGAACCCGAGCAGAGGCAGUGCCAAGCACGACAGGUACUGUUUGGCCUGAGCUUCACCUUAUGUGUCUCCUGCAUCAUGGUCAAGUCCUUUAAGAUCAUCUUGGCCUUUGAGUUUGACCCCAGAAUUAAGAGUGUCCUGAAGAAGCUCUACAAACCUUACAUCAUUAUUGCAGUGUGCUUGUCAGGUCAAGUGCUCAUAUGUGCCCUGUGGCUUGCACUCAAGUCUCCAAAGCCCAAAUGGGAGAAACUGAAAAACAAAGAGGAGCGUCUGCUGAUUUGCAAUGAGAUGUCAUUUCCUGCAUUUGGAGCCAUGUUAAGCUAUAUUGGUGUUUUGGCUCUUAUCUGCUUUGGUGUUGCUUUCAAGGGUAGAAAUCUGCCUCAAAGUUACAAUGAUGCAAAGUUCAUCACCUUUGCUAUGCUGAUUUACUUCAUCUCCUGGAUCAUCUUUGGCCCAGUUUAUGUCAGCGUCACAGGCCAGUACCUCCCAGCAGUGGAGAUGGUCGUCAUCCUCAUCUCAGCCUACGGCAUCCUGUUUUGUCAGUUCUUCACAAAGUGUUACAUUAUUCUGUUCAAGAAAGAAGCAAACACAGAGGAAGCUUUCUGCCAGGAUGUUAGAAAUUAUUCCUCGCAUAAUAAUGCAUAAUGCUCUGAAAUGAUCUUUGACCCUGCUUUAGAUGUGAAGUCCCCAAUGUCAAAUCCACUGAUCAAAGUCCAUCCAUGAGCUCUGGUCUGUCAUCAUGCUCUCUUUCUCCAGUCUCGAACCCACAGCUCACUAGGCUGCAGAACGACCACAAUGUCAAUAAGAGAUAUAUAAGGAGAUAUUCUAGCUUUCCAGGAUCACUACCAGUGUGAUUCACAGUAGUUAAAAAAAAAUCUAUUAUAAUGUUUAAAACUGAAGCAAAAAAUGUAAUGGUUCAAAUAUUAUUAGGUCCGCCACUAACAUUUUAAUUAUUGAGUAAUGAGCUUAAUAUUUUCUAAAUUAAUUGUUUUGUUUAUAAAAUGUCAGAAAAUAUAUUUAAAAAAUCUAUAUAAUUUACCAAAGCCUAAUGUGUACCCUGUAAUAAUUGCAUUACCAUUUAAAAUUAUAUGUUUAUCUGUGUUUCUGUUAUGUUUUUGUAUCCAUUUAAAUAGACAGUAUAUGAUGGUUGACAAUAAUCUUUCUAGAGGUUAAAAUCCUUUCACACAAACCUUAGUCAGGCAAAGAAUUAUUAGUCUUAAUAAACUGUAAUAAUAAACUGUUCUUGAAGUCAAGCAAAUCUUCAAGUCUCAAAAACUAUGAAAUGAUUAAUACACUGCAGCUCUCUGAAAUUUGUAUUUUCUCGUGUCUCAUACCAUAAUUACCUUGUGAAGGCGGAAAAAGUGAAUGGAAAGUUCUGACUGAUCUGUUAUCUGUUAUCAGUCAGAACUGCUAUCUUGUGUUCACAACAAAAUGCUUUUGUUUGGCGUAUAUUUUAGUCUGUAAAAAUGAAACUGAUAAUGACUCAUGGUGCUGGACAAGCAAUUCAAAAAAUGUUCUUUCCUUGUUUUGCAAUUUUGUUGCGUUUCAUUGCCUUGUACUUGUACAUGUAUAAUGACAAUAAAGUUUAAUCUAAUCUAAUCAAUUCUGAAAAAUACAGGGAGAAGCUGCUUUUCUGCAUCUACUUGUCUCAACAUGUCAUUAGGGGAAAACCCUGUUUGAUUUUUGAGUUCCUUGUAGGGAGAAAAGAGAAGAAAAGGAACUGUGGCAUGUUUUAUAAGACAAUGGCAUUAAAAGCUAAACAUCAAAA